GCCCUCGACCACGAACCGGACAACCGCCUGGUCGUGAGCCCUGCACGGCUUCGGCCUAGUUCUCACGUGUGUGUUUCAGAACCGCGACGCCUGGCUCCACCCCGGCAAAGAGACAUGGUUCAUCGAGCGCCCAACUUCCCCAAGAGGAUUGCAAUCUCUUCCUCUGGUCGAGAAGAGCAGUAGCACGCAAUGCCGUGGCAACCAAUCUGCCUCGAUCAAGGCAUUGCUGCCGCGACCGCCGAGCGAUCGACUUUUGCCCCUCAUCACGUGGAUGCCUGCAAUGCACAGCACACAGUCCUUGGGGUCUUAGUCAGCAUCCUCUUAGCGAGCAAACCAACCUUGAAUCAUAUCCUUAGUCAGCAUCCUCUUAGCGAGCAAAACCAACCUCGAACGCCUCACCCAUUUCUUCACUCCACGCACCUCGUGUGCUCACCAGCAACCACGCCGCGCCAGCUGUCAAUUCAUGCAUUGCCAGCGGCGUCAAACCCUCAAUCAAAUCCUCCAGAAAUUUGCAAAUUCGAGCUGAGACCCACCACGACCGACGCGUUUCGACAUCACUCACGUGACGUCGUCCGUCGCGUAUUCCUUCUCCAUUCGCGUGCCCUGCCCUGCAACAUAUGGUCAACUCACGUACCUGAUCCACCAACGCCUGCUCUCGUGCCAAUUCUCCUAUCUACGUGCUCAGUCCUUCACCAUGUCUGAUCCACGCCUUCGGGGCCGCAAACAGCAGGUCACGCCUCAGGCUGCGCCCCCUCCGCCGCCGCCGCCGCCGCCGCCCAUGGAGCCGCAACCCGUGGGCCCGCAGCCCAUAGGCAUGGACGGCGCCGCCGACGCUUCAUCAGCUCC